CUGCACGACACUGAAAGUCAGAUAUUUGAGGCUAUAAAAGAGAAGUCAGAGCAGUGGACAUUACCACCAACGCUGCAGUCAUGGAUAAUCCACAGAGAAGGACAAAUGGAAACAAUGACGCAUCGUCCAAUGAUAUAUUUAAGCAAGGUGGAUCAACCUUUCCAAAGUACCCACGGAUUAUACCGUUCCUGGGAUUGCUGAACGCUGUGCUGUUGAUAACGGCUGUUGUUAUUGGAGUUAACUGUGCCAAAGUCAAAGAGGGCUCUUUGCACAUUUCCAACCCAGCUGUAACACAGCUCUUCAGUGAGCUCGACUAUCUCCGAAGCAACCACAGCGAUGUGAUCGAAGCUGAAGAGGAGGCCAAGAAGGCGUUAGAGAGCGCGAUCAACAACCACAAAGAAGUAAAGGUGAAAAUUGAGCAGAUGAAGACCGUCAAUGAUGGUUAUCAGAAACAGAUGCAAGCACUGCAAAUGGAGAAGGCAAACCUGAAGUCCAAUAUAUCAACUUUAGAGGGAUCUUGCGGCGGAUGCCUCCCUGGUUGGGCUCUUUUCAACUCGUCCUGCUAUUUCUUCUCCUACACCGAGUCCUCUACUGUCAAAAAGAACUGGCAUGAGAGCAGAGAGGACUGUGGUAGUCGUGGAUCUGACCUGGUUGUGAUCGAUAACCAGGAAGAGCAGAAAUAUGUGAGUAACAUGGUCCAAAAUAUGAAAACCACUUCUAAUAUCUGGGAGAAUGGAUUCUGGAUUGGAAUCACUGACAUGGAGAAUGAGGGGACCUGGGUAUGGAUUAAUAAUGUCACAGAGGUAGAACAAAGGUACUGGAUGGAUGGAGAACCGAACAACGCCGGAAAUGUGGGAGAACAUUGUGGGGUGACAGUUCACUCCCCCUUUAAUCCCUGGAAGACCCGUUAUGAUGGAAAGUGUGACUUUCAGCAGCUGCACUGGAUAUGUGAAAUGUAAUUAAAAAAACCUCUUU